GAGAGAGAGAGAGAGAGAAUUGGUUUGACGUUUUCGCCCCUUGCGGUUCAUUGUGUGUAUAUACAUAGAAAUUAAUUCAUAUUAAGAUCUUACAUAUAUCAAGAUAUAUUAUUGUUAGGAUUCUUUUAAGAAAAUCAUGCUUGUUUUAGUACUGGGUGAUCUACACAUUCCGCACAGGUGUAGCAGCCUGCCAAGCAAAUUCAAGAAGCUGCUGGUACCAGGCAGAAUACAGCAUAUUUUAUGCACUGGCAAUCUCUGUACGAAGGAAUCUUACGAUUACCUCAAGACAUUAGCCAGUGAUGUACAUGUAGUUAGAGGAGAUUUCGAUGAGAAUUUGAAUUAUCCAGAACAGAAAGUGGUCACAGUAGGCCAGUUUAGAAUAGGACUUUCCCAUGGACAUCAAGUGGUGCCAUGGGGUGAUCCUGAAUCCCUGGCACUAAUACAGAGACAAUUGGAUGUUGACAUUUUAAUAUCUGGACACACACAUAAAUUCGAGGCGUAUGAGCAUGAAAAUAAGUUCUACAUUAAUCCUGGUUCAGCUACUGGGGCUUACAAUCCUCUGGAUACAUCCGUCAUUCCAUCAUUUGUGUUAAUGGACAUUCAAAGCUCGACAGUUGUUACUUACGUGUACCAGCUGGUUGGAGACGAAGUCAAAGUGGAAAGAAUUGAGUAUAAGAAGAGUUAGAAGCACUGGAAUCUCCAGGAUAUUUCGAUUAUAAAUUAUACCCGGGAUAAAAAAAAAGUGCGACUAUGCGUAUGAACGUGCAAUUCCCGCAACUUACGCACUUUGCAUUUUACGUCGCAUUAAUUAAAUAAUUAAUUACCACUUAAGUGUGGAUCGUAUAACACGUAAUUGUAAAUAAAGUGAUGUAUCAAUAUUAUAUAUCAAAAAUAAGUCUGCUUGAGAAAUAGUCAUCAUGUAUCUAAAAACGAGUUGAUAGAUUAAAGUAUAAUUUCAGAAACUGCCAUAAGUAAUUUAACAAAAUUCAAUAGAAUAUAUAUUGUAUAAAAUAUAUGUCUAUAUAGAAUUUAUCUUAUAGGUGUAUAAUGUUUAAUAUGUUGCAUCAUCUUAAUCUAGAAGUGUGCGAAUAUUUAUAGGAGUUCAAUGCGAGUCUAAGCGUGUUGAGGAUUAAAAAAUUUAUAAAACGGUUAAAAUCUUUUUGUUAAGUAAAGAAGUAAGACAAUGUUCCUGUUGUUUGGAGAAAGAUUUGUGAUGAGGUAAAGAUAUGUGUGUCACCUCGCGAAGAUACUAAUUAAUUAGUAUCUAGGUAGUGUCAAUGACUGUAAAAUGUCGAUUGUCGUUUUGUCAUUUUUUUUUUUUAUAACAAACUAGGAACACAUUGUAGAACACUUUUUUACAAAAAACCACUCAUUCAAUCCGAUGAACGCGCUCGCAAACUUACAUACAAAUUUAAAUAAAUAAAAAUCGACGUUA